UCACAGGAAGGUGCAAACCAAGCGUGCUUGGUCACAAACCGGGUCGGGCAUCAUUGGGAGAAAGGAAGAAUUGCUGAUUAAUCAACGCUGAAUGAGUUUUCAGAAAUCACCUACUUUAUUAAUUUAUUCCCCAUCGUAGCUAGUACGUGUUCCUGUACACCACAUAAACGAAGGGUUUUGUGACACAGCGCAAUUUUUAGGUGCCUGUCUGAGCUUUGCGCCAGCAUGUCUGUGUCUGUAAUCAUUAAAUGGGGUGGACAGGACUACUCCAUCAGUACACUCUCCGAAGAGGACACUGUGCUGGACCUCAAGCAGUCUAUCAAGUCCCUGACUGGGGUUCUUCCAGAGAGACAGAAACUCCUAGGAUUAAAAGUCAAAGGUAAACCAGCAGAGGAUGACGUGAAGCUGGGCUCACUGAAGCUGAAACCCAAUACCAAGAUCAUGAUGAUGGGCAGCAGAGAGGAGAGUCUGGAAGACGUUUUAGCACCUCCCCCGGAGAAUGAUGACGUUGUCAAUGACUUUGACAUUGAAGAAGAGGUGAUUGAAGUAGAGAACAGAGAGGAGAACUUGGCCAAGAUAGCCCGCCGUGUCAAAGACUACAAAGUGGAGGAGAUGAACCCACCCAGGGAAGGAAAGAGGCUGCUAGUACUAGAUGUGGACUACACAUUGUUUGAUCACAAGUCAUGUGCAGAGACAGGUCAAGAGCUCAUGAGGCCUUUUCUCCAUGAGUUCUUGACCUCUGCGUUCGAAGACUAUGACAUUGUAAUUUGGUCUGCCACGAGUAUGAAGUGGAUUGAUGCUAAAAUGAAAGAGCUGGGAGUGACAGACAACCCUAACUACAAGAUCACCUUCAUGCUGGACAGUGCAGCCAUGAUCACAGUGCACACACCUAAGAGGGGUGUAGUGGAGGUGAAGCCUCUCGGGGUGAUAUGGGGCAAGUACAGUGAGUUCUACAGCAAGAGGAACACCAUCAUGUUCGACGACAUUGGCAGGAAUUUCCUCAUGAACCCACAGAACGGACUGAAGAUUCGUCCAUUCAUGAAAGCGCACUUAAACCGUGAGAAAGACAAAGAGCUCUUCAAACUGUCUCAGUAUCUUAAAGAGAUUGCCAAACUGGAGGACUUCUCUUUUCUCAACCACAAGCAUUGGGAGCGGUAUCUGUCAAAGAAACAGAGCCAGUGAGAGCAUUGUUGUGGAUAUGUGAAGGGACGGUCAUUCCUCAACCAGGAACAGUGCUGGACACUGAAGCCCUCACCAUACUACUACUGCCUGUUUCUGACUGGGAGCUGUUUCCCAUUGUAUGGCUUGUUCUUUGAUUUCUGUUCUCUCCCCCCCCCCCCCCCCCCCCUCAUCUCUGAAAUUCUUUGUUACCUUCAGUAUAACAGUUCUGUCACCUAUCCAUAAACCGGGAGACACACGGUAAGUACUGUACACAUACCGGUACACAGUUUACAUUCAAUGGUUUUUGUUAGGUUUCAUCCAAUCGCUCUUUCAGAGUAGUGACUCUAUCAUCUGUAGCUAUACGAACAUGUUCUAUACUGGUACCGUUGCAUAUUCUCUUUCUCUCCCCCCCGGCUCUCUCCCUUAUGGCACCGUACCAAGUAGAGAUGGUGAAGCUAGCACAGGAACUGACUUUUACUGAGUGCACCUGACACUGAGGUAGAGUUGAUCAGACAGGUUACUUAACUAACCAGUGAGGUGGAUUAGGCCUCUGUUAGGAUGAUGUCCAUAUGCUGCUGCUUGUCACAGAGGUCAUUUCAGGAGGUGGAAGAUGUUGUCCAACAGGCAGUUUAGUUUAUGUCAUUGUGUACUGACAUCAGCUAUGCCUGCCGGGAAAUAACAUCUACAGUGCCUUCAGAAAGUAUUCACACCCUCCACAUUGUGUUGUUAGUCUGAAUUUAAAAUGGAUUUACAUAAAGAUUUUGUCACUGGCCUUCACACAUUACCUGAUAAUGUCAAAGUGGAUUUUUUUUUUCUUCUACAAAUUUACAAAUGAAAAGCUGAAAUGUCUUGAAUCACUAACUAUUCAACCCCUUUUAUGGCAAGCCUAAAUAAGUUCAGGAGUAAAAAUGUGCUUAACAAGUUACAUACGUUGAAUAGUGUUUAACAUUAUUUUUGAAUGACUACCUCAUCUCUGUACCCCACACAUACAAUUAUCUAUAAGGUCCCUCAGUCGAGCAGUGAAUUUCAAACACAUAUUCAACCACAAAGACCAGGCAGGUUUUUCCAAUGCCUCACAAAGAUUGGUAGAUGGGUAAAAAAAAGCAGACAUUGAAUUUUCCUUUGAGCAUGGCGAAGUUAUUAAUUGCACUUUGGAUGGUGUAUCAAUACACCCAGUCACUAAGAUACAGGCGUCUUUUCUAACUUAGUUGCCGGAGAGGAAGGAAACCGCUCAGGGAUUUCACCAUGAGGCCAAAGGUGACUUUAAAACAGUUUGAGUUUAAUGGCUGUUAUAGAACUGAGGAUGGAUCAACAUUGUAGUUAUCUACAAUACUAACCUAAAUGAGUCAAAAGAAAGAAGCCUGUACAGAAUAAAAAUAUUCAAAAACAUACAUCCUGUUUGCAAUAAGGCAUUGCAAAAAUAAAACUGCACAAAAUAUGGCAAAGAAAUUAACUCUGUCCUGCAUACAAAGUGUUAUGUUUCCAAGCAUGGUGGUGGCUGCAUCAUGUUAUGGGUAUGCUUGUCAUCAGUAAUGAUUAUGGACUUUUUUUUGUAUAAAAAUAAAUAGAUAGAGCUAAUAGAGCUAAGCACAGGCAAAAUCCUAGAGGAAACCCUGACUGUCUGCUUUUCAACUGACAAAUUAGGGCAAUUACCUCAAACACAAGGCCAAAUAUACACUGGAGUUGCUUACCAAGAUGACAUUGAAUGUUCCUGAGUGGCCUAGUUACAGUUUUGACUUUAAAUCUAUUUCAAAAUCUAUGGCAAGACUUAAAUGGCUGUCAUCAACCAACUUGGCAGAGAUGGAAGAAUUUAAAAAGAACAAUCCAGGUGUGGAUGUAUUGACUCAGCGGGUUGAAUACUUAUGUAAUCACCAUAUAUAUUUUAUUGAUGUAGAAUUUAAAAUUAUAUAUGUAAUUUUUUUUUUUUUAUGUUACAAUUUGUCUUCCACUUUGACAUUAGAGUAUCUUGUGUAGAUCAUUGACAAAAUAAAUUACAAUUAAAUCCAUUUUUCAUCCCAUUUUGUAACUACAAAAUGUGGAAGAAGUCUAGGGGUGUGAAUACUUUCUGAAGGCACUGUGCGUGUGGCUAAACCAUUAUUAUUAUUAUUAUGCAUUUGACCGAAUUUUGAUUUGAGCUGAACACUUUUGUCAUUCUCAGGCAACUGUUAAGGCCACUGAAGUUAAUGAACCAAACUAUACUUGUUGUAGAAUGAUUGAAAAUAAGUUGGAAAAAGGCACGUAUGUUGUUUUUGAAGGUGGGUGGGGAAAUUAAAAGGCAUUGUGUUAGACUCAGCACAAGCACUAGCCACUAAACUGCUCAAAUUCUCAACAUUUUUUAUGAUGUUUAUUUGGAAAUAGAAUUGUGUUUUCAGUUGGAUAGUUGGAAGAAUGGAUAUGGUUCUGAACAUUGAAUGAAAUAGAUAUUUGUAUCUGUUUACUAGUAUUCUCAUUAAGAGGCAAUUGAACAGUCUUUGACAGUAUUUAGGUUAAUUCAAUAUUUGCCAACAUUUUGCUUUAUUAGCUCUAACACUAAAGCAUCAAUGCUCUCACGUCACCCCGCAAAGUUAUGCAAUAAUCUAAAGAUCAACCGCUAUCAGAGGAUAUGAACACAUGUCAGGGUUUACAGAAUAUUUUCAACUCUGUUAUUUUCUGUUUUGGAUUGUCAAAUAUUUAUUUUACAGACUAACUUUGUUUUCUUGUAAAGAAUAUGUUUUGCUACCUUCAUGUCAGGUGGCAAAGGUCAAUUUUUAAAUAAGCAUUUCCGUUGUUAAAUUAAGGUACUAUCACAGAGUUUCUAAACCCAGAGGCGCAACAUCGCGAGCUUCCGGAAAACGCUUGCGAAACAGACUAGCUGUUUGAGACGUCAAUGGGAGAAGGGAAAUGAUUCUUCCUUAGUAGUACAUGUUUUCUCAAUCUAAAGGCACAACCUAGAUUUGAGCCAAUGUCUUAGGUAGUUGAACAUGCUAUUACUCCAACCUUGUGACAAACUGACACGUUUUCGUCCAAAACUUUAUAUCGAAGGAGUGCCUUUGAUUUGAUGGCCUUUUAGACCCGACGACGUGCUUCUAAACCAGCUUAGCUAUCCAACGUCGCCAUGACAUCAUCUACGGGUGGGAUUGGGGAUUUCUGUUGGAGAAGCUGUUUUAGCCUAUCUUCAUACUGUACUGUCUUUGGUACUCUCAUUUACCAAGCUGUGUGUACUCUUGUCUACAUGCAUCUUAGGCACUGAAUACACACUUGGAUAACUGACAUUCAGUAUGUAUGGUAACGCAUGUCUGUUGCUGAAGCAGCACUUUUCAAACUAUUAUUUGUUUAGUUCUCAGCUUGUCAUAUUUGUUACCUCAGUUAAGUUUGCUUCACAAUCACAUGAUUUGUGAAAGUUGAGGAAACCAUCACAUUUGUCCUGUGAGAUUUCAUUUGCAGACUGUUGUUAUACUCCCCUAUGUAUAUAUUUGGACAGUGAAACAACUAAAAUGUUUAAUUUGGCUCUAUACUCCAGAUUUUAGGAUUUUAAGAUCAAAUGUUUUAUAUGAUGCAACAGUCCAUAAUGUCACCUUUUUAUUUGAUGGUAUUUUUAUACAUCUGUUUUUACUUUUUAGAAAUGCCCCUACAAACCUGUUGGAUGUUUUGGUUAUGUUUAGAUUAUGUUGUGCACAAUAGAAAUUAAAGUCAUCCAAAAAGUCUGUACAGUCAAGCUUGAUGUAGCCAUGGCACACUAGGAAUGUAAACUAAAUACUCAACUUUUGACAAUUUAAUACACUAAGUGAAUUUGUCCAAAUACUUAUGACCCCUUCAAAUGGGGGGGACUAGAUACAUAAAGUGUAUUCAUUCCUAAACAGUAAAACAGAAAGCACCUUCAAAUAAAAGGUGACAUUCUAUGCUUUCACCUCAUAUAAAACAUGUUGAUCUGAAAUCCAUAGUGUAGUGCCAAAUUAAAAGUUUUAAGUUUCACUGUCCAAGUACGUAGGAUGAGUGUCGGACAACGCAAACAUGUUUUUAACAAACGGACACCGGAUUCCGGUUGUGAACGUAUCCCGACUGUAAAUAAAAGAUUACACUUUUUAGAAAAUACGCUUUUGGAGUCCGAUUUUUACACACAGUCGUCUCGUCAUUUUUGAAUUAGUGUAAACCAUUGUAAAUACUCACCUGUUCCAAGUUUUUUGAAAAGUCAUCUAAAUAUGAUUUGCUUUGUUGAUUCCGACGCAAACAAAUGAACAUGAGCGUGAAUCAGAGUGUAGUACCUUUUUAUUUUUGCGUCUAUUUAAUCAUUUAAGCAAACAUCUUCGUGCUACAGCAAUGACAACCAUCUUGGAAAAGAGAUGACAUAACAUAAAUAAUGGUGUAAUUACAUUUCAGAAUUUUUACAAAUAAAUAAAUAAAAAUCACAACAAACAUGGUAUACUAGCUACAUUUCAUAACUUGUCUUCAGUAUAAUGUAAAAUAUUUGUUUCUGUACAGUGACCAGACUAUUACAUAUUUGGAUGUAUUGGUUGAAGCUGAGGAAUGGUAUGUUGUCGCUCUUCAUCUGGGUUUCCUUGCCUUUUUACAAUAAAGAGACAGAAAUUAGA